GGUAGUGCACUAGCAAGCUCACCGUUUCCCCUAAACCCUUUCCUCACGGCCUCAGCACUGCGUUCCUCUCUCAUCCGUUCACUUUCUCGAUCCCUCUUCUCACAAACAAACUAUCGUCACUGUUCAUCAAUGGAAUCACCUGCCAACAAAAAGGAGCAAGUGCAACCCACACCUGAAGACCCUGAGAAGAAAAAGAAAAAGGAAGAGAAGGCAAGAGAGAAGCAAUUGAAGAAAGAGAAGUUUCUGCUUAAACAAGCUCAGCAGCAAGCACAGCAAUCAUCCAAUGCUUCUAAAAAGAGUGAAAAGAAAGUUGUGAAGCGGGGUGGAGAGGAUGAGAAUCCUGAGGAUUAUGUUGAUCCUGAGACUCCAUUGGGUGACAAGAAGCGUAUGGCUCGGCAGAUGGCAAAACAGUAUAGUCCAACUGCCGUGGAGAAAUCGUGGUAUGAGUGGUGGGAGAAAUCAAGUUUUUUUGUUGCAGAUGCUAACAGCUCCAAACCACCUUUUGUUAUCGUUUUGCCCCCUCCAAAUGUGACUGGUGCUCUCCAUAUAGGUCAUGCUCUAACAGCUGCAAUAGAGGACACAAUGAUUCGAUGGCGUAGAAUGUCUGGAUACAAUGCCUUGUGGGUGCCUGGAAUGGAUCAUGCUGGGAUUGCUACACAGGUUGUAUUCCAAAAUUGAGACGAUUUCAUGUAG